AUGUCUUCUGACCAGAAUUCUGACCAGCUCGUCUUUAACCAGGGUCUUACUGUCCCGGGUGGUACUAUCCAGGAUCCUUCUAACCAGGCUGCGUGGCUUACUGCCAAAUCAGCUCGCCCAUUCAUGGUCGGUGUCGCACCGUACACGCCCCCUGGCCCCUAUCAGAUCGUCAUCAAGAAUGCUGCUGUGGCUGUUAAUUCUGUUGAAUGGACCAAACAGCUGAUGGGUGACAAGAUCUUCUCCUGGAUCAAGUACCCGUUUGUUCUCGGAAAUGAUUGUGCCGGUGAGGUCGUUCAGGUUGGUGUCAAGGUCUCUAACAUUAAGGUUGGUGAUCGGGUUCUUGCUCACGCCCUCUCUAUGGACCCAGCCGUCAAUAAGUCGUCCGAAGGUGCUUUCCAACACUACACCGUGAUCCGUGAUCACAUGGCUACGGUGAUCCCGGACUGGCUCUCCUACGAAGAAGAUUGCGUUGUUCCCCUCGGUUUAUCAACUGCAGCAACCGCCUUGUUCCAAUCGGAGUUUCUCUGUCUUAAUCGUCCUGGCACCUCGUUGAGAACAGCCCCAAAUUCGCCCCCCGAAGAAGCAGUCCUUGUGUGGGGUGGAUCGACCAGCGUCGGUUGCAACGCCAUCCAGCUUGCCGCAUUAGCUGGAUAUGAGGUUAUCACCACUUGCUCUCCUGAAAACUUCGAAUAUGUCACCACUCUGGGCGCCUCCGCAGUCUUUGAUUACUGCAACGAGCUAACCAUCCCACAAAUUAUCCAUCUUUGCAAGGACAAGAAGGUUGUCGGCGCCAUCGCUAUCGGAAAUGACUCGACUGAAGCUUGCAUAAAAAUUCUCGCGAAGACAAACAGCUCGAAGUGUGUAGCUCAAACUGGCUUCCCGUUCCCGGAAAGAAUUCUAACCACAACCUUCCAAUUCUUCCAUACUAUGGCAGCCUCAAAGUGGUUCAGCAUCAAAGUUUUCGUCAAGUCGAAGCGCCGUGGCGUGAAAGUCAAAUCAAUUUUCGGUAGCUCUGCGGCCCAUACCGAGGUUGGCUCGAUGAUCUAUCGUGAAUUCCUCCCUGAGGCCCUUGCAGGUGGGACUUUUGUUGCUGCUCCUAAGCCGCGUAUUGUGGGGAAGGGUCUGGAACAAAUUCAAAGUGCUAUGGAUUGUCACAUGAGGGGCGUGUCUGCUCAGAAGGUUGUUGUUUCCCUUUGA